AGACAAGGGGAAGUGGAACAGUCCGAUGGAAAAAGAGCAACGCCUCGAGCUGAUCAAACUCGCCAUUGAGAGGCUGCUUGAUGAGAACAAGAACAAGCAAUCCUCUGAUCGAAGCUACAUCCACGAUUGCGAUGAAACCGGGGACCGUACUCUUCUCCACGAUUUGCUCUCUCAGAUUGAAUCGCUGAAAGAAGGAACAAAAGAAGGAACGGAAUCAGAGGAGUUGGCUUCUGCAUUAGAUAAUUUGAAAUCGAAAGCUAAGAACUCUGAUGAUGAUGAUGAUGAUGAUUUUAGUAGAGAAGACAUUGUUAAGGAACUGAAGAAGGUGAAAAGGCAAAACGUUUUAACUCAGUGUCUUGUCUCAGUGAUGAUAGUGGUGACUGUUGUUUGGCAGCUUUCUGAGGUCUCCAUUAUGUUGAAUGUAAAAGAUCAAAUCAGCCAUCCCUUUAGAUUCCUGGGCAGUUUGAUCUCAGGAGCGCUCAAACGCCCAAAAACCAUUGUUGAGAAUUCACCAAAACAAGAACAUGAUGAAGCUUCUAUGCUUCCCACUCUCCAAAUCCCAGAACUUCCUCAUAUGGGUUUGCAAUAAUUUUGGAUUUGAUGAUGGAAAACAUUGGUUGUUCUUGAGCUACAAAGGGAGAUGGGGGUUAGACAACAAUUUUUCAAACGGUGCUGAUGAAGAAACAUGGAGAGAUUUGCUUGGAGGAAUCCCCAGAUUAUGUAAUUAUUAUAUUUGUUUGGUUUUAUGGAAAAUUUGCUUUGUAAUUUAGGGGUCAGAGAUUAUCUUUUGAGAAAAAAAAAAAUCAAAA